AAGUGAAAUAAAUAAACAUUUCCGAUUUUUCGAUCUUGUUCCAAAAUGAAUGAAUUGGAAAAACUAGAACACUUGUCUUUGGUUUCUAAGGUGUGCACAGAGUUGGAAAAUCAUCUGGGAAUUAACGAUAAGGACUUGGCUGAAUUUAUAAUUCAUCUAUCGAAAAAACAUAGUACGUUGGAAGAUUUUAAAAAAGUACUCGCUGAGAAUGGGGCCGAAUUUUCAGAGUCUUUCUCUGCAAACCUACUCAGAAUCAUUCAGCACAUGAAUCCGGAUAAAAGCAACGACAUAAUUAUCUCCACGCCGCAUACAGAUGAAUUGUCAAAAAAAUUCCCCGGUCUGGCUUUGCCGAAUAAAGCGCCCGUCGAGCUUCCGCCGCCCGAAAUCAAGGAGGAGAAAAUAAGCGAUUCUGAAAUAGUUGACGAUUUGAUGGCGCAGUUUGAGGCACAGGCGCCGUCGAAAUCGACGGUGCCGGACGAGAAAAGCGUUAAGAAUGAGAAACGCAGUCGUAGUCGCGAUCGUGAAAAGCGCAGCCGUAGAAGCAGAAGUAGGGAACGGGAUAGGCAUCGUCGCAGGUCGCGAAGUCGCAAUAGACAUCGAGAUCGUUACAGGGAUAAGAGGGAUAGGUCCAGGGACAGAUCUGGUCAUCGCAGGAAUAGGUCUAGAGAUCGCCAUAGGAGUAGAUCCAGAGAUCGUAGUAGGUCACGGGAUCGGAAAAUCUACGAGAAGAAAAUCAAACGGGAGAGUCCCGAAAUUGAUGACGAUCCAACUCCCGGAAAUAUUUACAAUGGCAAGGUGGCCAAUAUAGUACCGUUUGGAUGUUUUGUCCAAAUGGAAGGCUUGAAGAGACGCUGGGAAGGGCUGGUGCAUAUAUCACAAUUGAGAGCCGAAGGAAGAGUGACUAACGUGUCUGAAGUAGUUUCCCGAGGCAACAAAGUCAAGGUUAAGGUGUUGUCCGUGACCGGUCAGAAGGUUUCGUUGUCAAUGAAAGAGGUAUGCCAAUUCACAGGGAAGGACUUGAAUCCACUUUCUCACGCAACCCAAGAACGCGAAGACAAGGAUCGAAAUCCAGACCGACCCACUUACAAUUCGACCUCCGUUUUACGGUUACCCUUAGGCAUUGAGGAGGACGAUGAGAGCUCGCGUAAAAGAGUGACCCGAAUAUCCAGCCCCGAAAGAUGGGAAAUAAAACAGAUGAUCUCGUCCGGAUGCAUCGAUAAAAGCGAACUGCCCGACUUUGACGACGAAACCGGUUUAUUACCCAAGGAGGAGGAUGGAGAAGCCGACAUCGAAAUUGAGCUAGUCGAAGAAGAGCCGCCGUUUCUUCAGGGGCACGGCAGAGCAGUGCACGAUCUCAGUCCCGUUAGAAUUGUUAAAAAUCCUGAUGGUUCACUUGCCCAAUCGGCUAUGAUGCAGUCGGCGCUCGCCAAAGAGAGACGCGAGCAAAAAAUGUUACAACGGGAACAUGAAAUGGAAUCGCUGCCCUCUGGUUUAAAUAAGAAUUGGAUCGAUCCGUUGCCUGAAGCCGAUCGUGCUUUGGUUGCAAAUAUGAGAGGAAUAGGACUUCAGUCCCAAGACCUCCCCGAAUGGAAAAAACACGUAAUCGGUGGUAAAAAGUCUUCAUUUGGUAAAAAAACCAAUAUGACAAUAAUCGAACAAAGACAGUCGCUCCCUAUUUACAAGCUACGUGAGGAAUUAAUCAAAGCGGUGACGGAUAAUCAAAUCUUAAUCGUAAUUGGAGAAACUGGUAGCGGCAAAACGACGCAGAUCACGCAGUACUUAGCGGAGUCGGGAUUUACGGCGAGGGGAAAGAUUGGAUGUACGCAACCUCGUCGUGUCGCCGCGAUGUCCGUGGCGAAACGGGUCGCCGAGGAAUUUGGUUGUCGGUUAGGUCAAGAAGUUGGGUACACGAUUCGUUUUGAGGAUUGCACAAGUCCCGAAACGGUUAUAAAGUACAUGACAGACGGUAUGUUACUGCGCGAGUGCUUAAUGGAUUUGGAUCUUAAAAGCUACUCAGUCAUCAUGUUGGAUGAGGCACACGAGCGUACCAUUCACACGGACGUUUUAUUCGGUCUACUAAAGCAAGCAGUAACAAAGCGCCCCGAACUUAAAUUAAUAGUAACUUCGGCUACGUUAGACGCCGUGAAAUUUUCUCAAUAUUUCUUUGAAGCUCCCAUUUUUACAAUUCCCGGACGUACAUUCCCCGUGGAGGUGUUGUACACCAAGGAACCGGAAACUGAUUAUUUAGACGCGAGCUUAAUAACAGUCAUGCAGAUACACUUGCGCGAACCACCCGGCGAUAUUCUAUUGUUUUUAACGGGCCAAGAAGAAAUCGAUACGGCGUGCGAGAUCUUGUACGAACGAAUGAAGUCCCUAGGCCCGGACGUUCCCGAACUAAUCAUUCUUCCAGUGUACUCUGCUUUACCGUCGGAAAUGCAGACGAGAAUUUUCGAACCCGCCCCGCCCGGCAGUCGCAAGGUGGUAAUUGCGACAAAUAUUGCCGAAACCUCGCUGACGAUCGAUGGAAUUUUUUACGUGGUUGAUCCUGGAUUUGUAAAACAAAAAGUGUAUAAUUCGAAGACUGGUAUGGAUUCGCUAGUUGUCACACCAAUAUCGCAGGCACAGGCAAAGCAAAGGGCGGGUAGAGCUGGACGUACCGGGCCGGGCAAGUGUUACAGGUUAUACACGGAACGGGCUUACCGAGAUGAAAUGUUGCCCACUCCCGUACCUGAAAUUCAACGUACGAACUUGGCGACCACUGUGCUUCAACUGAAAACGAUGGGAAUCAACGACCUAUUGCAUUUCGACUUUAUGGACGCCCCACCUGUCGAAUCUUUGAUCAUGGCGUUGGAACAGUUACAUUCCCUUUCGGCACUCGAUGAUGAAGGUUUACUAACAAGGCUAGGGAGACGGAUGGCGGAAUUUCCUUUAGACCCGAACCUCUCCAAGAUGUUAAUUAUGUCAGUCGCCCUACAAUGCUCCGAUGAAAUUCUUACAAUAGUCAGUAUGCUUUCGGUGCAAAAUGUCUUUUACCGUCCGAAAGACAAGCAGGCGCUCGCCGAUCAGAAGAAGGCCAAGUUUAAUCAACCGGAAGGCGAUCAUUUAACACUCCUAGCCGUCUACAACAGUUGGAAGAAUAACAAAUUUUCAAACGCGUGGUGUUACGAAAACUUCGUACAAAUUAGGACCUUGAAACGAGCGCAAGACGUCCGCAAGCAACUGUUGGGAAUAAUGGAUCGUCACAAGCUGGACGUCGUGUCGUGCGAGAAGAACACAGUGCGAGUUCAGAAGGCGGUUUGUUCGGGAUUUUUUAGGAAUGCCGGGAAGAAAGAUCCUCAGGAAGGUUAUCGUACAUUAGUCGACAGUCAAGUGGUCUACAUCCAUCCUUCAAGCGCGCUCUUUAACAGACAGCCUGAGUGGGUCAUAUACCACGAGUUGGUCCAAACGACAAAGGAAUACAUGCGAGAAGUAACAACAAUCGAUCCAAAGUGGCUGGUGGAGUUUGCACCUGCUUUCUUUAAAUUCUCCGAUCCGACUAAGCUUAGCAAGUUUAAGAAGAAUCAGAGAUUGGAACCGUUGUAUAAUAAGUAUGAAGAGCCAAAUGCGUGGAGAAUAUCACGAGUUCGAAGACGUAGAAAUUAAGUUUUUUAUUUAAUUUAUUAUAUCGUGUAAAUACUAGACCAAUUAAGAAUUACAGAAAUUAUUGGACUGUUUUUA